UCAUUCUGCUGAGUCUUUAUGCUGUGGAUUAGCAGGUGUUUUAGCUCAUCUCUCAAGCUCUUACUCAUUCUGUCUCUUUAUCUUCUUUUCAGAUCUCCUUAGCCUUCAUUUACUUCUUGUUCUCUUGUCUUACUGUAUCAUCAGAGAAAGCAGCCAUGAAUCGGAAGGCUGUACUGAUCACUGGUUGUUCUUCUGGCAUUGGCUUGGCACUUGCUGUUCGUCUUGCCAAAGAUGAGAAAAAGACAGUGUAUGCGACUAUGAGGAACCUGGCUAAACGUGAAGCUCUGGAGAAGGCAGCAGGUCGUACUUUGGGCAGCACACUGGAGAUCAAGCAGCUCGACGUCUGUGAUGAGAAUUCUAUCAAAGCCUGUGUGGACAGUCUGCCCAUGCGAAGAGUUGACAUUCUCAUUAUGCCGUUAUGCAGAAAUGCUGAACUGGGAAUGAUUGGCCCCAUUGAGUGUCAGACCAUUUGUGAGAUGAAAUCGGUCAUGGACACUAACUUCUUUGGGCUUGUGCAACUCUUGAAGGAGAUUCUGCCUGAUAUGAAGAAGAGAAAAAGUGGCCACAUAGUGGUAAUCAGCAGUGUAAUGGGGAUUCAGGGUAUCUUGUUUAAUGACAUUUAUGCUGCUUCCAAGUUCGCUGUUGAAGGGUUCUGUGAGAGUCUGGCAGUUCAAGCUCUGAGAUUCAAUCUGAAUAUCAGCCUCAUUGAACCAGGACCCGUCAUCACAGAGUUUGAGCGUAAGGUGUAUGAGGAAGGCUUGAAGAUAGACCUCUCCAAAGCUGAUAAAGUGACAGCAGAUAUGUUUACCAACAUCUACUUAAAGAAUUACAACCAGAUAUUCCAGAGUCUUGGACAAACUCCAGAGGAUGUUGCAGAGCACACAUUCAAAAUGAUAACCAUGGCCAACCCACCAUUCCGCCAUCAGCUAAACCAUCCGUACACAACCAUGACCAACCUAAAAUAUGCGGAUGCAAACGGUGACCUUCCCAUUGAAACCUUCUACAAAAUGGUGUUUGAACAUGACAAGGUGUUCAAAGCAAGUCUCAGUUUCCUGAAGCUCCUGCGCUGGAGAAGCCAUAACAGCUUUUCUUUGGAUAAAGACAAGAAUGCCUCUUAA